AUGGAUCAACAACGUGAACCCAACACAAGGUUGCCCAGAGAAGGCAUGUUUAGCCUGGCGACCACAGCCUCGGCUGUCGGCGCUACGGCAGACGGACAAGCACGUGCACAGCGUGUCCGGGACACAGCCACAAAUAACAGGGAAGACUCGUUUGGCAAAACCGGCCCCAAUAGUCAGACUGAAUGUGUCGGCAUAGGCUUCUUCGGAGGUCUUGCAGUUUACGGCAGUUUGGUCUGCCAUCUCGACAAACGAAAUAAGCCCUUCUCAGCAGAAUAG